AUGGAUGACCAACUCAAAGAGCCUGUCGGAACCAGCUUAACAACGCCAGGGCUAGCAAGCUCUACAACUGAGCCCACCCACAGGCCUAUGUUGGAUAUCUCACUAGGAGGUUACUCUUUUUCCUCUUCUUCUGCAAGGCCGUUACAGGUGGCCCUAACCAUACAACUGAUCAACACCCUUCUCGCCAAAAUAAAGUCAUCCCUCCAGCGCAUGGCUUCCCCACAGACGGCAUCUACGCCACUCGGAGCUGCUCAAAAUAUAUCGAGUAGGGAGUGUUCCCAUAUGCUCCAAUACCAAGCGCACCCGACGAGCGACCCCCAUCGCCUAUCCGGAUGCGCAAGGCAGCCCAGCACCCCGAGUUUUUUUACUGCCAAUAUCAAUAGCAUGGUCUGGAGAGCACUGAAGGAGAUGGACCAGAUGGACUCGGGCCUGCACGGGAAAAUCGCCUCCAUCCAGCAAUGGACGAUUGAAAAGAAUUGA